AUGGUGCGGCCUAGUACAAUUGCCAGCAUUUUCGCAAGGCCAAGCUCAGUCGCCCUUCGCUUGGCAACAUCAGGCGUACCAGCCCUAUCAGCAGUUGCCCCAAUAUCCGCUCCAGUCAGUAGUGGUGUCCUCACCGGGUUCCGCGCCAUCGGGGCCGGCGUCCCCUUGUCUGCCUUCAGCUCCGUCUUCAUCAACGGCCUCCUUGGACCCAAGACCGUACCGGAGAACGAGAAAGCACCAGGUUUCAAGCUCCCCAUCUACGUGAAGAACAUCCAAAAGGGAAAGCACGGAAGUGAUUCGGGCGUGUACGAUGCCAAUGGAAGGUUCGUUCCUGAAAAAUUUGAGGAGAUCUUCAAGAAGCAUGCCCACACCAGGCCUGAUGCCCUGACGGGCAAAGAGCUGAAGGAGCUGCUGAAAGCAAACAGGGAGCCUAAUGACUUCAAAGGAUGGCUAGGUGGUUUCACGGAGUGGAAGGUGCUCUACUCCCUAUGCAAAGAUGAGAAAGGGUUUCUUCACAAGGACACUGUCAGGGCCGUCUACGAUGGCAGUCUGUUUGAAAAGUUGGAACAUGAGAGGAAGUCUAAGAAGGAGUCUACUAAGAAGAAAUGA